AACGCGUCGCGCUUCUCACAGGAAUCGCGACAAUUCGCGUGUCUGUGAAUCGGAUAGAACCGCUUCCGCAGCUGGCGUCGCUCAGUGUGUCGCGCGCGUCCGUCACCACCGCCGUUUUAUAGCUUCGAAGGCGGCCGUCGUUGCAUCCUCUUGUUGCGAACGGCAAAACACCGUGGGUGACGCAGGGAUGGAGGAACCGGUGCGCGGAGAGGCGCGCGCGGAGAGAGGGAAUCGGCGAACGGGUGAAGGGCAAGGACGAGGAACGAGGCGAGGGUCCGCACGGGGCAGAAAUUGCCAACAAAGGCGAGACACGCAUCCAGCUAUACCGAUCAUCGGCUCGCGUCGCGGGGAAAGGCGGGGUAAAAUCGUGACGACGGCGACGACCUCCACGGACGGCAUUAGGAGAGAAAACCUCGCGAUGAAGCAGGAGCCGGAAGACGAGGAAGAUUGCUAUCUCGACGAGUCGGGCACGGCGUCGUCGUCGCCGCCGCUGCCAUCGCUGCUGCCAUCGUCCUUACCGUCGGCUUCAUCAUCGUCGUCCGGCCGGCACUCUAAUGUCACGCACCGGGUGCGCUCGCACGCGCGCAGCCUGCGCGCCAUGGCAAACCCGAGCGCGGUCUGGGCGCACUUCGACCUGUGCGUUAACGAUCCGCUUCGCGCUCAGUGCCGUAUUUGCGGCGCGGUCGUUGUCAGGGGUGGUGCAAACCCGCGCCAAUGCGGCACGACAAACUUGCAUCGGCAUCUCCGAGUGCAUCACGGCGGCCGGCUGGUCGGCAGACGAUAUCACGUUUUACAGUCGACAUCUCAAAAUAACGCAAGUGCAAAAACUAUAAGAAUAGCCACGCAGUCCUUAGUGAGGCCGCACAUUCGUAACAUUGCAUCGGCGCCCUUGUCUCAACAACAGCAGCAGCAACAACAGCAGCAACCACGACAGCCAAAAACUCUCGUGUUAAAGACCAUUCCGUUGAAGGUGAAGCAAGUUGCGCCUACAACUAUCAAAAUGCCGCCGCGACAAGCUAAUCAGGGAGUACCGCGCAAUGUAGCGCAACAGCAACCUACAGAAGUUUGCCUGAGGUGGAACAGUUACCAUAGUAAUAUGCAAAAUAGCUUCCCGUCGUUGCUGGACACGGAACAGUUCGUCGAUGUGACUCUGGCAUGCGAGGGACGAUCGCUCAAGUGUCACAAGAUGAUCCUGUCUUCCUGCAGCGACUACUUGGCGGAUCUGUUACGGGAGAAUCCGUGUCAGCAUCCCAUCAUCCUAAUGAAGGAUCUCAAAUUCUGGGAAGUGGAGGCGUUGGUGAAAUUCAUGUACCGCGGAGAAGUCAAUGUCGCCCAUGACAAACUGCCGCAACUGCUGAACGCCGCCGAGGCGUUGCAAGUGAAGGGACUGGCGGGUCCAAGUCCCUCGUCUCAGAACGCGAGGCCGACGCCACUGCUUAUACCUCAGUCCAAGUCAUUAGCAUCUCAACUAGUAGUUCCUAGAAGUCUUCUGGAAUCCAAAGAGAACAAUGCAUCAUCCGCGAGAAUGUCGACACCUUCUAGUCCUAAACGCGCCCAAAAGCGACAGCAGUCCGAACCCAUAGAACCGAGGCCCUUCACCAAGAUACGUCUACAACGACCCGCCACACCAACGUCGCCGUGCGCAACCGUGAAGAUGGAACCCCUAGAUAUACCUCUUAGCCCGACGGAAAUAUUCUCGGAGAAUAACGAAGACGUUACGCCUACCUCGGAUUUCGAGAAGCUGAUGAAUCUACACGAGGAGGACGACCCGGGCGGCGAGGAAGUCAACGACGCCGACGAGAGACUACAUUUUUGCGAACUGCCAGCCCCGCCGGAUUUAAACGAUAACGAAGACCAAAUGGAAUUUGUACCUACCGACUUUUUAGAGCAGCAACAGGAGAUCGUCGAGGAACCGGAAUCAAGUUGUAAUAAAGAUAGCACUAAGAAAGAAUCUCCCGACUACACUUCCGUCGACGUCGGGGAAGACGACGAGUCGGGAGCCGCGCAAAGCGAAAUACAGUCCUCGAAGGAGAAGAAGGCGACAUAGUAAUAAGAUGUAAGAAUAUCUUUACGUAACGAAUUGGCUCACGUUAUAAAGUUUUCGAUGGAAACUAGUGUAAGGAUAUCCGCGAUUUUCAUUUCUCUCGAGCAAAGAGGCGCGUUCUUGUGGCGACAAAAAGAGAAAACGGGUGUACUAGAAUAUAACAUACCGAGAAAAACAUUUAAUUGUCGAAACAUAAGAGAUUGUUAUUUUUGGAAUCUAUCUAUUAAGAAUACUUGGGAAGGCUUGCUCUUUUAUUUAGUCCCGUCGCCCCGAUCAAAUUUUUAAUGAAAGAUCAAUGUUUCAGCAUUUAAAGAAAGAAACUUUCGCAGGAAGGCACAAUACGUAAAGGAUAUUUCCGCUAGUCCAGUAUAUAUUUUUAUGUUACAGCAUAUAUAUAUAUUUAUUUAAAUAUGUUUUAUAUAUUUUAACUUCUUCUCUAGACGAGACCGUCUCCGACGUCUAAACACGAAGCAUUUAAGAGUUAAUGAUACUGUUUGGUGUUAUAUUUCGAAGUGCGUAUUCAGUUGUCAUGUGAGUGGAUGUGAAGAAUCUUACGUUAUACAAAAAUUUCGAAUUUUAGAUUUAGAGUUGUGCUGUAACUUAUUUCGUUUAGAAAAAAAAAAUCGAGCGCGUCGUACCGUUUUAUUGCAGAUUAUGCAUUAAGUGAUAAUUAUUUAUAUAUUAAACAUGUAUCACGAACGAGUCGCCGGACGGUAAAUCUCGUUGUAAAACCAUACGUGAUUGGAUUAUAGGUGUAAAUUGUAAUGUGUGAAGAUACGUCUCGCAAAUAAACAAUUAUUACAACCAACAAUUGUGAAAUGUACGAAAAGAUCCAUCGCGUGUCGACGAUGUAGCUUUACGCCUCUUCACGAAAUACGAUUGUCUGCGAGUCUCUUACACGAGUUAAAAUCUAAGUUCAAGCAUAAGCUUUCGCUAUUUAUUAAUGCAUUGAUAAGUGUGAAUGUGAUGUCUUUGAUAAUCGAGCUGUAAAAUAAAAUAAUGAAGAGAAUACAGCGUCGAAUCUUGAAUUUGA